AUGGAGCCACUUGCAGCUGCCAGGGUGAGGAAACCACAACGUACCAGCUCUGUGCCAGGUAGUCUGACACGCGCUGCAUAUAGACGUAGUUUACCGUCCUCAUUUGUGGAUGCUUUAUACGCUGCCCGAGAAAAAUUUGAAUGCUUUAAAAAGACUCCACAAUGCAAAACUAUCAUGAGACAAACCCCAGAGAUGAUUAGUACUGGCACACAGACGGUUGACAUCAUUUUGCAGCAGGAAGAUCAACAACAACACCAACAACCGUCAAAAAAUUUGGGGUCAAAUUUGAAAAAAAUUAUUCCGUCAAAUGUGAACGCGAGAAAUGGUUUUGGUACUUCCACAGAACGCGGGCCUGUUACAGAUGUAAGUCCUGCUACUAGUAAUUCUACCAACACUCCUACUCCCAUUGCUACUCUCACUAAUACCAAUACCAAUACUACUACUACUACUACUACUACUACUACUACUACUACUACUACUACUACCACUGGCGCUAUUUGCAUUCCCUAUGAUCCAGAAAUCACACCACUUGCUAUGAAGCGAAAAAGACAUGUAGUGAAUCAAUGCCCGGAGAAAAUUGCCGUAUUUCUUAAGGAUCUCUGUGAAACUGUUGCGAAAGCAGUAGCUGAAGCUCCUCCACAUACUGCAACUGUUUCCACUGCACCUUCAGCACCAUCGACGGGAGGAUCUACAAAACCUAAAGGCGGUGGUGGAUCACAAUAUAAUUCCCGAACAUUUGAUGCCCUGAAAGAAUUAUGGGAAGAUCGACGAGAUGCACCCAUCACUGUUUCAACUGCACUUGGUCGUCAACGUGGUCUCUUUGGUGGGGUGGAGCGGAAAGAACUUCAUCAUCUUGUUAUCUCUAUCCUUAACAGGGUAUCAAACGACGCUGAAAAAUACCGUGAAGUGAAGAAUGAACUUUUGCGGCUACCUAUCCCUGAGGCGAAUGAUGCUACAUUGGCAAAGAUUGUUAAUGUAUUUUUCACAAAAGCGGUGAGGGAGCAGCACUUUUCCAGUUCAUACGCUGACUUAGUUGCGGCACUCUGUAAGGUGCCGGAGGGACAGAAAAUAAUAGGUGAUAAGGCACAAAGCCUCGAAUACCGUCUACGGCAACAACUCCUCCACCGCUGUCAAGCUGAAUUUCGACAGUUGGAAGAGCAGAACAUAGAACGUGCAGAACAGGGCGGUGAGGACCGCACCACACAAUUUGCAGAGGAAAGUUUUAAGGAGAGACGUGAUCGUGUCUGCGGUAUUGUACAGUUUGUUGGUCAACUCUACCUGCGGCAUAUUGUCACUGAAAAGGUGAUUGAGGAUAUUCUCGUUACAGCCUGCGCUGGGUUGUACCGUCGUGAAGGAAUUCGCAUCCCACCGCCUUAUAAACCAACAGAAGCACAAAUGGAUGAAACGAUUACACUACUCGCUAUUGUUGAUAAUGUUUUCUUCCACACCGCAUUAGGGUCAGCAAUGUUACCAGAAUACACUAAACUUUUGGAAUAUUGGACUACAUAUCACCCUGUGCCCCGCAUUAGAUUUCUUCUCCUUUCCGUCAUUGAGAGACUUCAUAAGAUAUUGGCAGAACGAAACGCCGCUUUAGCAGCAUCACGACAAGAGCAGCAGCAACAACAACAACAACAACAACAAUCUGUGCUGGAAAAGCCAUCACCAUCAUCACAAUCACUUCAUCCUACACCACAAUCAACUCCACGACCACAACCAUCAUCCUCAUCAUCAUCACCACCACCACCAGCAGCAGCAGCACAACAACAACAACAACAACAACAACAACAACGGUCACCACCACCACCAUCAUCAUCUUCCUUACCAAUACAGCCAUCCCCAUCUCCAUCUCCAACUCCAACUCCACAACCGCAGCCACUACAACAACAACAACCACAGGGUCUUUCAGAGUCAAGACGAGUGGGUAAUAGCUCUGUUUCUGUACGACCUCUUGGUCUUUCGAGUGAAGAGAGUUCUUUUGCAUCCACUAGUGGACGAAAUCCAAUGACGGCAUCAACUGACAUGUCACCAAAAACCAAGCCACCGGUGUAUGUGGGCGGUAAGCCCAUUCCAGCCCCUCGCAGUGCAGCUUCCCGCCACGGCAGUGUGACGCUAGGUGCUUCAGUGAAUUCCGUCGGAAGUUCAAGUGAUUCAGCUGUAAAACAAAUGGCAACCACUGAGAACGUAGCCCGCUAUAUGCAGAACGUAUCUCUCUCAAGCCACAGCGUGGAUGAGGUAACAGAGGAAAUUAUGAACAAUUUUGUGAGUGUCACGGCGGUGGUGGAAGUGUGGACCGAGCGCUGCCUAAGGGUUGUAAAGGCAGUACGGGACCGCGCAGUUUAUGGUGCUUUCCUUGCCGCUCUUAACCGUUAUCAUAAACUAACACUUCGGGCAGAGUUGCGCCGUAUUGCCAUGUCUGUCUUUGUUCACGCUGUGCGGGAGAAGCUGCACGAGGAUCUCGCUCUCUUUAGGUACUGGACAGAGAUGAUAUGCAGCGAUGCGGCUCGUGAGGUACUGGAUGAGGGAUUACUGAAUGAGGGACUGGAGUAUCUGUUGGAAAAUGAUACCCCCGCUGUUCGAUUAUACCUCCGUGAUGUGGCGCGACAGAUGAACACACUGACAUCAGGCGCUACCAACACAGCAGGAUCAACCACUGUAGCGCAGCAACAACAACAACAACAACAACAACCUCAGUGGAGGCCAAGUGAUGAAGCAACUAACUUUGUGCGUUACCGUCCGCUUCAUGUUGUUCACUAUCAUAAUACAAACCGUAAGCAUGAUUAUGAACUUAAUACAGUAAAUUUUCCCGAUGUACGUCUCGCUAGUGUUGAGAUUGAUGUUUUUUGUGCGUUGCUUACUGGUACGCCGUCAAAAGAGCGAUUGUUUGAUACUUUACGUGGCUCACCACGACUACGCUCACCUUUGGUAGCACCUGAAGUUCUAAGUGCCAUUUUACACGCAGAGUUAUGCAGAGAUAUGACAGCGUUUGUGGAAGACAAUUUAGAUCUUCUCUCUCUUGUUAGUGAUGGGGCUGAGCGUGAGACUCGUGAAAUGUUGCUGGUUGCAGAGUUGUACAUUACAUUGAAGAAUGACCCGGCAGAGGGCUCUUGGCCGCUUUCUGCAGGUUCACGUGUGAUGGCGAAGUUGGGACGGUGUAUUAUCUCCGAUGAAACUCAACUGCGGGCGCAGAAGUACUUUGGGCCACGUGAUGAACACGCACAUCACUACAUUGGCACACAGCCAGCACAACUUCAACUUCGACAAGGAGGAGGAGGUGGAGGAGUUGGUAGUAGUGGUAGUGUCAACGGCAACAGCGGCAGUAACCAGAGUAUCCACGGAAAUAGCAAUAAUACGAGUCACAAUAAUAGCACCGUCAGCGCUACUUCUCGUCGAGCCAUGGUCCAGCGUCGGUAA